AUGUUCCGGGCCUACAAACAGGCACAAGCGGCUUGUAAUAUUGAUAAUUCAAAGGAAGAAACCCAGACUGGCAUUGAGAGUGAUCAUAGUGAUGAUGAAUUUGACAACAGCAUGCAAAGUGAAGUAAAGAAAGUUUGGUCUGAAAUUGAAAAGCAGUGCCAGGACAAAGAAAGUAACCCAACAAAUGUAAAUACUUCUUCAAGAUCAGAAACAGCGAUGGAGUCCAAUACUGUGCAUGUUUUUGUUUCAUCAACAUUUACAGAUUUCUUUAAUGAAAGGGAAGUUCUUGUGAAAAAGGUUUUUCCUGAACUAAAAGAAUGGUGUCAAGAACGUGGACAAAAACUUAUAGAAUGUGACCUUCGCUGGGGUAUUCCAACAGACACCUCAUCUUCAGACACAAUUCUUGUGUGUCUAGAUGAAAUUGAAAAAUGCUGUGAAGUUAAUAAAGGGCAGCCAUUUUUUAUCAAUCUUGUAGGAGAGAGAUAUGGAUGGAUCCCUUCAGUCGAGGAAACACCUGAUGAAGCAAGAGAAAAAUAUGGCUGGAUAGAAGGGUCUUCAAUUACGUUUAUGGAAGUUUUGCAAGGAGCUUACAGGGAUAAAAAUCCGAAUGCUGCAUUUUUCUUUCGAAAUCGAGCAGUUUUGGAUGGCAUACCAGAAUCAUUUCAUUCCAGGUUUCAAGACAAAGAACCUCUAGCAAGACUUCAUCUUAAGACAAUGAAAAAGAAGAUUCAAGAAAGAUUCCCAAAUCAAGUGUUCCCAUACUCAUGCAAAUUUAAACAAGUAUCUGUCAGUACUGGAAGAGAGCAGGUUGAGCUAACAGAUCUAGAUGAGUUUGCAGAGAAGGUCACCAGUUUUCUUAAAGGUGCUAUUGAGCGAACAUAUCCCUACUCACCACACACUGAAACUGAGAAAGAUUUACAGUCUCAGGAGAAAGAUUCACAGUGGUUAUUUGCCCUUGACAAGGCCAAAGAUCUCAUUGGGCGAGUGACAGAGCUGGAAAUAUUAAAGGAUUUUGUGAAAACUGGAAUGUCACUUUCUAUGGAACAAACAGCUGCGGCAGAUAAUGGAUCAAACUUUGUUCGUGUGAGAGAAAACUGGGAGUUGGAGGAAUCAGACAAUGCCAUCUGUGUCCUAGAGGGAUCAAGUGGUUGGGGGAAAACAGCGCUGAUGUGUAGACUUAUAGUCGACACAGUCAAGAGUGGAGAUUAUGUAUUUUUCCACAUUGUAAACAGCACCCCAAACAGUGUUCAUGUGGAGUCCCUGCUAAGACAACUUGUUCUUGUCCUGAAUCCUGAAGAAGAUGAAAAGAAAACAGAUGAUGUGGAAAGUAACAGUGUUGAGGAUUUGCAGAAGCUUUUGAAAUUAGCCCUGGCUAGAUACAGGAACAGCAGUGAUAAAAAACUGGUCAUUUUUAUUGAUGGACUUAAUGAGCUUGAAAACAAUGAUAUAUAUGACCAUCUGUCAUGGCUGCCACCAACAUUUCCACAUAACAUUCACUGUGUGGUCAGCACAAACCCACACCCUCCCACUACAGCAAGACUUUACGAGCACCCAGCCUUCAAAAUGACUUUGCAGCCUAUGACUUCAGAAGAUCUAGCAGCAGUGGCUGUAAAAUACUUACAAGCUUUCUCUAAGAAACUAGAUCCUGACCUGCUAAAUAGUUUGAUCUGCAAGACAGGGGUAGACAACCCUCUGUGGAUGCUGAUGAUGACAGAAGAGUUGCGUAUCUUUGGAGAUUUCCGUGCUUUAAAAGAUAAAAUAGAUAAACUGCCAAACAACAUGGAGGAACUUCUGGUGCAGAUCCUUGAUCGCUUGAUACAAGAAGAUGAUGAAAAUGAAGUAAUCAAGAAGGUGCUCUGUCUAACAGCGUGUUCACGGCAUGGACUGCCCUCAGACAGUAUUUUAAAAAUCUGUGGGAAUGCAGAGAGGAAGGAAGAAUUAGCUCCUCUUUACUGGGCACGGGCGCACAGACAAUUAAAACCAUAUCUGCGAGUGUUUGGACGCACUGAAGAAGUUCUAACAUUCUCCCAUGAGGCUGUGCUCAAGGCAGUACAAAGUCACUUGCUAACUUCCUGGGAUGAAGUCACAAAAUGGCACACUCUUCUGGCUGAUUACUACCAGUUUUGGUGUGAUGAUCCCAGGACAAAGGCAUACCACCUUCCAUACCACCUGGAGUCUGCUAGGCUCAAGCAAAGGUUGGUGGAUUUCUUACGGAAAGAUCCGGACUCAUACACACAUAUCAAUCCUUGGUCAAGAAGUUCUUUUGCAAAGAAAACCAGAUGUCACAUGAUGGCACAGGAAAGUAUGGCAUCCACUGCUGCUAUGAUGCUCUGUCAGAGAUGUUCCCUCAGUCACAGAGGCUACAACCCAGCAUGCACCUGGCAAAACAAAAGGUGCUGUGUUCUGUGUGGAUCCCUGUGCAUGGGGAGCACAUCCAUUGGGGCAAGAGUGUGCUCAAGACACAGUUUCAAGUAUGGCCACAAAAAGUGUGUGCUAUGUACGUUCAUAGCUGGUUCUUCUGGUGUCCAGGCCCAGCUUUGUAGAAAUUGUGGGUUUGGGUCUGGGGACAGGACAUGUGCUUGUUAUGAUCUGUAA